AUGCGCGAUACACGCUCCAGGUUCAUUGAGAUCCUCGAUCCCAAGGACUCAUCCCGACGUAUGUCCGACUCAGAUGUUCGUCUUGAAGACGUCCUCGCCGACCACGAAGCAACCAUCAACAGCCGCGCUCGCUCUUCUACACAAUCUUCUGCGAAACCAAAUAAAACCCUCUCUCGUACGAACUCGACAUCCCCGACGCCACGUUGGAAACGUCUGAGCAAUAUCCUCGCGCAACCACGUCGGAACUCUUAA